AGAGAGAGAGAGAGAGAGAGAGAAGAAGAGAGAGAGCGAGAGAGAGCGAGAGAGAGCUUGGCGGAGCCGCCGCGCCAGCGCAGAGAGGCACGGAGACGCAGCAGAGAGCAUCAAGGCGACUUCAUCUGCAAACAGAUCAAUAAUACAACUUGAAAAAAACAGGGACAAACCUGUUGGGGAAAAAACAUCCGAGGAGGUAUUGCUUUUCUGCACGGACAUAAAAUGAAAGGGUUACCUGGCUGUAUUUUGGAUUUGGAGUCUUUUAUUAUUACACCACUGCGACUUUGACACAAGAGUUGCGCAGGGAGAGUCUCUAGGAGUUGUCUGUUGGAGGAAUUUCACGCACCCCGAAUCAAACUUGAGUAGGACAUCCAGGAGCCAGUCAGGGAGUAAGCUAAAAUACCAACCCACUGCUCUCAUUGGAAAGGAAAACACAAAAACACCACUGCCACCAUGGAUGAGGAUCAGUGCUACUACAAUGAGACCAUCGCCUUCUUCUACAACCGCAGUGGAAAGUCCCUUGCUACUGGCUGGAACACCGUCAGCAGGCUAGUGAUGGGCCUGGGCAUCACCGUGUGCAUCUUCAUCAUGCUGGCAAACCUUCUGGUGAUGAUCGCCAUCUAUGUCAACAGGAGAUUCCACUUCCCCAUCUACUACCUGAUGGCCAACCUGGCAGCUGCUGACUUCUUUGCUGGACUAGCGUACUUCUACUUGAUGUUCAACACGGGACCCAACACGAGGCGUCUGACUGUUUCCACAUGGCUGCUGCGCCAAGGCUUGAUUGAUACCAGCCUGACGGCGUCUGUGGCCAACCUGCUCGCCAUUGCCAUCGAGCGCCACAUCACCGUGUUCCGCAUGCAGCUACACACGCGCAUGAGUAACCGGCGUGUGGUGGUGGUGAUUGUCAUAAUCUGGACCAUGUCCAUAGUCAUGGGGGCAAUCCCCAGCGUGGGCUGGAACUGUAUCUGUAGUAUUAAGUCUUGCUCCAACAUGGCGCCGCUUUACAGCAACUCCUACCUAAUCUUCUGGGCAGUGUUUAACCUUGUGACUUUUGUUGUCAUGGUGACGCUAUAUGCCCACAUCUUUGUCUAUGUGCGCCAGAGGACCAUGAGGAUGUCGCGGCACAGCUCUGGACCACGACGCAACCGAGAUACCAUGAUGUCUCUGCUUAAAACCGUGGUGAUUGUGUUGGGUGCGUUCAUCGUCUGCUGGACCCCCGGCCUCGUCAUCCUCCUCCUCGACGUCUUCUGUGCCAGCUGCAAUGUCCUCACUUACGAAAAGUUCUUCCUGCUUCUCGCCGAGUUCAACUCAGCCAUGAACCCCAUCAUCUACUCCUACCGCGACAAGGAGAUGAGCGCCACCUUCAGGCAGAUCCUGUGCUGUCAGCGGCAGGAGAACGUUAACGGGACGGUGGCGGAGGGAUCUGACCGAUCUGCGUCAUCCGUCAACCACACAGUGCUGAGCGGCGGUACGCACCACCACCACCACCACAACCACAACCACAACAACGAACACUCGGUGGUAUAAAGCAGGGCUGGAGAUGGCGGAGAUUGAUCCAAUGGGUUAGUCUCUUUUGGAGAUACUGACUGAAGGAAGGUGAACGGCAGCAUGGGAAGGUCAAGAGGGACUUCGUACGAACUAAAGAUGGUAACGUGAUAAAUUGGAGAUUGAAGAUCGAAGGUGGAGUAGAGUUAAUGAAGAGCUGGAUGAGAUCGCAAUGAAGAAAAGGAUGGCGAUUACGAAGAAGGAAGACAAGACUUUAUCGCUGUGUUGAGGAAGAACAUGGGGGAGUCUGAUCUUUGAGGCUGUUAGUAUUUUUGUUUAGUUGUUUCUUAUUUUCUAUUUGUUUUAAAUGUGUUGUUACGGACAACGCUGAUAUGAACUAUUUAAAAGUGAUCUGUGAAAUGAAGGUAAUGCCAGUACUCCAGUCUUCUCUAACUUUGUAUCCUGUAGUUUCAGAAGGGUAGGGUUUCAGACUUUUCCCCCCCCUUGAUUCCCAUUCAGCAUAACACCAUUAGACAUGUCUCGUACAGACUACCAUCAGAGUUUUCCCUCACAUCUAUUUAAGGACUCAUUUUGGAUCUGGACCCAGAUUUAGAACACUGUCUUUCUUUACCUUUAGGUUUGGGGGGAAAGACUUCAAAUCUGGGGAAAUUCUGGGUCUCGUGAAGACUCAAGGCUGAUUUUCUUGGCAGUAUUUGGAUCAAUUUCCAGGGUUUUAACUUUUUCAACAAAAACAUUUAUGGGACAUCCUGCUGAUGCUAAUAAAAAACAAAACAAGUAUAUCAAGACAGAUCUGACAUGUUUGACAUGUUUAGCAAUUUACCAAAAUAAUACUCAUUAUGGAUUGUUUACCAGAGCCCUUAUUAAUUUCUGCAGCAGAUUUAUCAUUCAUCUUUUAAUGAGAAGUGACCUUACAACAUAAAUACUUUGGGACCUCAUUAUUCUACUUAGUUUCUUCCUUUCAUCCAACAUGAAUGGAACUGUUGUUUAUUCCCUCUAAGGAAGUAGAGACAAGUUGUUCCAGGGAUCUUACCAAAAACGGGAUGAGGAUGUUUGCGGUUUUUAGAGCAGUAUUAUGUGGAGACAAGGUGAAGGUCAUUACUGGUGAGCGUCAGCAGACUUCAGAUCAUGACAUGAAAUAGGCUGAGCUGUCUGCCUCUCAUGGUUUUAUCAACAGUCUCUAUGUCCAUGACACUGACUGAGAAAAAGGGGUGGGAGAUGGGGGGAAGUGAAUGUUAAAAUAAAACCAGUGUUUUUGUUUAAUUGCCCUCUGCUGUACAUUUUAUAAAAUUAGAAUUCUGAAAAAUAGAACUCAACAUUGUGAGGUGUGACACGAUGGACCAUUCCUUAUUUAUAGCAACACAAAGAUAAAAUGGAUGAUAAUGAAUGCCUGCUGAAUUUGUCAUUCACUCAAUUUUGCCACAAAUGAUACAAUAGUAAGCGUUUUGACUCCAAAGAUUGACCUCCAAAUUUCAUGGCAGUACAUCCAAUAGUUGAAUUUCAGUCUGGACUGACUUUCAGACUAUAGAGCCAUCCAUAGAGCACACUGCAAGUGUGGCUAAUAAUAAAAUCGAGUUUGCAAUUGGUCAGUGAUGUAAAAGAGUUGUCGACUGUAUAAAAGAAGUGGACGAAACCUCGGGGUGUGAAAAGUGAAGCCAAAGGGGAAGUGCCUCAAACCUGCAUUUUUGUGGCGACUCCACUGGUUGCAAAAAGAAGUCAAAUUGUAUAGACGUCUAUUAGAAAAUGACCACUUGAUUUAUUACCUCAGAAAACAUUUUCCUAAAAAAAUUAUGUUAUCAAUAGUUUCAAGUCUUCUUCAAUGCAGCAUGAUGUUUAUUUUGUAAAUGAUGGUCCCAUUUAGAGUAAAACAGACAAGGUCAGCUUUAGGGUGUGGCUACCUUGUGAUUGACAAGUCGAUACCACUGCGAAAUCAGGAUAGAGGCGUAGCAAUGCGUAUCCUUCCCCAGCUCCACCCUCUCGUCCAAAUAUGGUGACUUCUUGCUCCAAACCAAGAUGGCGACAGCCAAAAUGCUAAACUCAAGGCUUUAAAACCAAAGUCCACAAACCAAUGGGUGACGUCACAGUGGCUACGUCCACUUUUUUUAUACAGUCAUUGUUCAGAAUAUUUGGCUCUCUUGCCCUGUCUACUAAAUGCUCUACUCACAAGCUGUAUUUCCGCUUAGCCUUGAAUAAAUAUUAGCUCAAAAUCUAAAAACCUUAAACACCAAUGUUCAUCCUUUAUGGUAGUUUUGGGGGAAAUUAUCAUUUCAUAAUGUAUUAAUUUCCUUUCGUUGAGGGACUCGUGAUGUUCAUUUCUACAGUACCAUAGUAUGUUACAAACACUCAAAGGAAAGUAUAAGAAGUUCUUUCCUAUUAACCAGAAACUCAAUGUCAUGUACACAUGUUUUGCUUCAACAGGGUUAUUGAUGAUAUGAAGUAAUACAGAUGUCCAUUCAUAAUAUAUGAUGUUUUGUUGAGAUGGUUGGGGGAAUGAUCACGUUUUUUGUGACCCAGUCUUUAUUUGAAAAUGCUGAAGAUACAAAUAAUUCAAAUGUUUUGCAUAUCUCUGCCUCCCUCCCUCGUCGUCCCUCUGCAUGGCGUCCUGAGGGACACGUCAUGGGUUUAAAGCUUUGCGGUGAAUUAAGUUGGCACAUAUUACAGAUUGAAUAAAGUUGUUAAACAUUAUCAGAACCCUAUAUGCUUGUCACCAGGUUUUGCAUGUACCACAGCAUUAAUAAUUUUUGGUAGUCCAUUCUUUUUAAAGGGGUACGGAAAACAAUGACAUAUCACAGUUUUCUCUUAUGAUAAUACUGAAACGUCGAGCAGAGUAGAGCCAAUGCAGUGUUGAAUGGUGAUAUCUUAUUUCCACAAGUGCACUCCCCACCUUCUGCUUUUAACAUGAGACGCAAAGCCAACUGAAGGUCAGCCUGGUGAUGCGAUGACGUACACUGUUAAAAAGCACCAGCUGAAUGUUUUGUCGUGACUUGAAUCAAAACACAUUUUGGCCAAAAUACAUAGACAUAGCUCCAAACAAGCUGACAGAAAAGUGAGAAUCACAGCCAAAAACACAGUUAAAUGUUUUCCAGGAAGCAAGAUGUUUGUCAGAGAUUCUUCAGCUGCAGUGCUAAAAUGAUGUCAGCUGGUAUUUUGGCCUGUCAACGUUGGCCAGAAUGUUGCUCUGUUUAUUAUAAGUUCUUUAUCCAGAGUUAAGAAUGUUUUUUUCAGCGUACUCUAGAUGUUGAGAGUGGGGAGUGGAUUCAUUGUGGUCUU